CGUUCGGUGCGGGAGACCCGGAGAGGGGUGUGCUUGUGGUGGCGGCGGCUCCUGGCUGGGGGGGGGGGGGGGCCCUUGUCCCCUCGGAGCACCCAGACUGCCGAGCAGGAGGGCAGGGGUCGCGGCGGCGGCCCCGCGCGGCCCGGACCCUGGGUGCCGGGGGGGUGUGUUCCCCCACUGCGCCCCGGGCCCCCGGCGGUUGCCAUGGUGACGCAGGGUCGGCGGCGCGGCGCAGUGGAAACAAAGCGGCCCGCCCGCUCCUCGCGCGAGCUCCUCCUCCGCCGGCGCCUCCCUCCUCUCCCCUCCCCGGCCCCGCCGCCGCCGCUGCUGCCGCCGCUGCCGGAGCGGCUCCCGGCCCCGCGCCCGCCGCCACCGCCGCCGCGGGCCAGACCCUUCAUGUGACCUUUUUAAAUAUGUAUUUGAGACAGAGUGAAUGUAGAAGCUGAAAAUGCCUGGAAGAUUGCUGGUUUCUGUUACUACCUGUCCAGCCUUUUGGCGUCAGUGCCUGAUUUGGAUGAUGUGAUAUUCCGAGGGACGCCUUCAUCGACGUCGUUCUUCCGCGAGUUGCCUCUGGCGGGAGGUGGUAGACACCAUUCAAGAUGGCCAGUCAGCCGCCAGACGAGGCGGCAGAGGCUCAGGUCUCUGACGAGCUCGAGUGUAAGAUCUGUUAUAAUCGGUACAAUCUGAAGCAGAGGAAACCCAAAGUGCUGGAGUGUUGUCACAGGGUUUGUGCCAAAUGCCUCUACAAGAUCAUUGACUUUGGGGACUCGCCGCAAGGCGUCAUCGUCUGUCCUUUCUGCAGGUUUGAGACCUGCCUGCCAGAUGAUGAAGUCAGUAGCCUGCCCGAUGACAACAACAUCCUGGUAAACUUGACUUGUGGAGGCAAAGGCAAGAAGUGCCUGCCCGAAAACCCCACCGAGCUGCUGCUGACCCCUAAGAGGCUGGCGUCCCUGGUCAGUCCCUCUCACACUUCCUCCAACUGCCUGGUCAUAACCAUCAUGGAGGUGCAGAGAGAGAGCUCCCCGUCUCUGAGCUCCACUCCCGUGGUAGAAUUUUAUAGGCCUGCGAGUUUCGACUCUGUCACCACCGUGUCGCACAACUGGACGGUGUGGAACUGUACGUCCCUACUCUUUCAGACGUCUGUCCGAGUGUUGGUGUGGCUGCUGGGCUUGCUCUACUUCAGCUCCUUGCCCUUAGGGAUCUACCUACUGGUGUCUAAGAAAGUCACUCUUGGGGUUGUCUUUGUCAGCCUCGUCCCUUCAAGCCUUGUCAUUCUCAUGGUGUAUGGUUUUUGCCAGUGUGUUUGUCACGAAUUUCUAGACUGUAUGGCACCUUCUUCUUAAUUAAUAUGCAGACUAAGAAAUUUGACACACAUUGCCAUCUUUGAAGCUAGGUAAUUUAUCAUUUAUUUAUUUUAUAUUCUCAGUGAUUAGUGUCCAUGACAUUAACAAAGCCAUUGGCCCAAUGUUUGUGGUCUCUUUUCCAUCAAAAAGCUGACUCCGUUGGUUUUCCUAUAUGCUGGACAUAGAAAGUGCUCAUUUCUUCUUAGGUGUUGGCAAAGAUGCAAGCAUGUAUAAGCUAAGCCUUCACAGAGCACUUCUUGUGAGCCUGCCCAUAGAAAGGGCAGGAGUUCACUCACCCCUGCUAGAAGGCACUAGCAGGGAGGGGUUAGGCUGUAGGAGGGGUCUUUGCAAAAGGUUAGGGAUGAACCUGUUCCUCUAAUCCUUAAUAAUCUAUGAUGGUGGGUGGACACAAGAGGAGAGCUUUCCAAGACACAUCUACUUGAAAAGUGUGACCUGCCCCUCCCCCAACCCCUCCCACACUCCUCCCGCACCCCUCUCCCAUACCCCCUCGUAUCCCCUCCUGCACCCUCCUCCACGCACCCCCUCCGACACCCCUCCCACACCCCACUCCCGCACCCUGUUGUUGGCUCCCCCCAGAAUCCUCUCCAGGAGCUCUCUUGCCAGUCAGCGCGCUGUCCGUGUCCCAGUGACGCGCUCCUUCCUUCUGUACAUGGUUCUUCGCCAAAAGGAAACUCGGCCUCAUGCCCUUGGCAAAAUACCCAUUUUGCCAGAUUUCUAAAGAGAAUUAAACAUAUUGCGGAAUUUGUCUUUAAAGCAGACUCAUGACUGAAUAUGGCCGCCUGUCUUUAAGACCCUUUCGUCCAUAUUUGUUGUCUUCUCUCCUCCCUCCUCUCUGAAAUUCUCACAGAGCAGUUAUAGUUCACGGGCGUCUUCAUGUGGGUCCUGCCCUCGAACGGUGUCGCUGAGUUUUGUUCACCACCUUGUUCGGCAACCCCACCCCUUACCCUGGGUGAUGUUCUACUUCAGUUAGUUGUUCGAAGCAUGAGGAUUUUUCCCCCGUUGUAUUUCAGAUUCUGCUAGGGACUUGUUUAACUUAAUCCUAUAACAGUCUGGGGGUAAGUUGUGGCAGUGGAAACCCAGAAACAAUUCCUGAGCUCCCAGGUUGAAGUGCUGAGAAUGCCAGUCUUCUUGCUGUACUGGGCUGAAUUGUACCAGAACAUAACGGUUUGGGCUUCUGUGCACAAUGGGGUUGCAUUUGGCCAAAGUGACAGGGAAAGAACACACAGAGCCGACUUGCUGCUUGAGAGGACCCUCCGGGGCAGUCAGACGGAGGCGGCAGGGCGUCCCUUGACCUGUUGCUCUUCCUCUUAAAGCCCAUUUUAGCAUGGAUUCACGUUCUUACAUAAUUCAUUUCAAAUAAAAACACAAGCUGUGUGACUUGAGUUAAUGAACUCCUUUUCGUGAUGUCGGGGAAGUUGAAUGUAUAUAUUUAUGAGAAGAAACUCUUUAGCAGAUUUUAGGUUUGAGGGAAUAGAAUGUCCACAGAAACUGGGCCAAAAAAAAAGGGGGGGGGGUUUCAGUUCCUAAAACCCAUUACUGAGGAUUAACAUUAAAAUAUUUAUAACUCUUAGAAAAGGGCUUUCCUAAGACGACUUCCCCCUGUUUUUGGGAAACAUUUGUUGUGUGACACUGUUGUAGUGGACCAGUCUGAUCUCUCUUUUCAGGAAGAAUUGACCCUUACUUUUAGAAUAGUAGUUUGAUUUUAAUCAUAUAACUCCUGUCUUUGAGAAUACAUACCCCUAAGGGUGAGUAUGAUGGAAAACCAUACCUGAAGUGUGGCCCAAUGAAUUUAAUCCUCGAGUUACAGCUGAAUACAUUUAUAAUUUAAUAAAAUCUAGAUUAGAAAGCAUUGUGAAUGCAGUUUCCAAAAAUCCAUUUGUACUUAGAGUAAAUACAAUGUUUAGGAGGUGUUUCAUGGUUUGGAUUUAUAUAUUUAUAAGGUUUUUAAAAAAAAUGUUCAUUUUGUCUGACAUGUACAUCAAAUUAAUGAGUUAUGAUGAGAUUUCUAGAAAGCUCUGGAUGUGGGUACUGUGUAUUUUGCUUCUUCGUAUAAUGUCUGCAGUGCUAAAUUUGUCUCUCUUUGUAUAUUGUGCUAGCCUUUUUUUUUUUUAGUUGUCAGUAAAUUAAUUUGGUUUUAAAGAAUUUUAAAUGUAAGCCAACAGAAAAUUCUUUAUGCUGUUGAAUGAAAACAGGACAAUGCUUCAAUAUUUUAUUCACUGUGAUAAUAUUUUGUUUGUCCAUUAAAUUAUUAUUUCGACACUAGAA